CGUCUCAAAGAAUCUAGAAGAAUCUGGAAGAAUCGCUUGAAAAAAGCGAAGCGAAGAUGCUUAUCUGUCGCGAUCGAUUAUUUAUUUCGAGAACGAUGAGGGACCAUCGGUUGCAUAACAAUUUUCCACGGAAAAAAUGGUCUUUGCGCUUCGGUCUGCUGUUCGUCUACGUUCUGGUGCAGUACGUCACCUCCACGAAGGUAUCCAACGAGGAAACGUCGCCCUCCACUUACCCGACCAGUUGGACGGAGAACGAGGAGAGCUGGACCGAGGAAACAACUUUGGAGUCCAGCACCUUGGAGGUGGGCACCGUCGUGGCGGAGACCAAGACGAACGAAGAGAAACCGACAUCGGUGGGGAGCGUAAAUCCGCGAGAGAACACCGAGAAGGGCGAGCCGAAAGGCAACAAGAACGCGGAACGAAAAACCUUGCAAGACAAAUCAACGAAGAUAGUCCAUGGACAGUCGAAGGAGGACUCGCAGGGGAAGGGGACCGAUUUGAAGAAGGACAUUCCAGCAGUUGCGACGAAGAACACCCCGAGAACCACAACGGCUCCACUAGCGGUGACCACGGUGAAGUACGAGCGUGCAACUUGGAGACCGCGGAGAGAGAAUUGUUCACCACCGGCUAUCGAACAAUUUCCAAGGCCGUUGAUGGGACCGAACGCUAGGAAACACGGGGGAUUGAUUAUACACAUACUGGUUGCUAUUUACACGUUUUUGGGGCUCGCGAUCGUUUGCGACGACUACUUUGUCUCCAGUUUGGACAGAAUCUGCGAAGAGCUGCGUCUGUCUCCGGAUGUCGCCGGCGCAACUUUUAUGGCCGCGGGCUCGUCGGCUCCAGAACUAGCGACCGUCGUCAUUGGAGUGUUCUUCGCGAAGGACGACAUCGGAGUGAGCGGCGUGAUCGGAAGCGCGGUGUUCAAUAUAAUGUUCGUGAUUUCGGUUUGUGGAUUAUGCACGACAACGGUGUCCAAAUUGAAUUGGUGGCCCCUGUGCCGAGACUGUUUCUUCUACGCCGUAUCCAUACUGGUUAUGCUCGGUACAAUUUACAACGAAUCGAUAUCCUGGAUGGAGUCUUUGUUUAUGUUGAUCAUGUACGGGGUGUAUUGCGUCGUGUUGUCUUUCAACGCUCGACUGGAACGGUGGGCGAAGUCGUACAAUAUACCGUUCCUUCCGAAGGACGACGAACCGGCGGAAGAAAGCGCGCUGGUCAGUUACAGAUCGCUGCAGGAAGAUCGAUUGUCGUACACGGGUCCGAACUCGCCCGUCACGGAUCAGUAUAAAACUCAAGAGGGAGGGAUAGAAGGAGGCGCUAUGCCGGAAUCGAACGAACCGCCGGUUAUGAAGCAACCCGAGUAUUACAAAGCCAAAGAACCCGAUCCCAACGAGGCAUCGCCGCUGGAGAGGCCCGUCGACGCCAGUCAAUGGACCCUGUUCACUUGGGGACUCGUGUAUCCGAUUCAUUUCAUGUGCCGCGCGACGAUGCCCGAUUGUCGGCAGGAGAAGUUCCGAAACUGGUAUCCGUUCACAUUCUGCGUGUCGAUGGUGUGGAUCAGUUUCUACAGUUACAUCAUGGUGUGGAUGAUUACGAUCAUAGGCAGCACUCUCGGUAUACCCGACACGGUGAUGGGUUUAACUUUCGUCGCUGCCGGUGUCAGCGUGCCGGACGCACUCUCCUCGUUGGCAGUGAUCAAAGAAGGCCUCGGCGACAUGGCGGUAAGCAACGCCGUUGGCAGUAACGUCUUCGAUAUUCUAGUUUGUCUCGGGCUUCCGUGGUUCAUACAGACAGCUAUGAUACAACCUGGUUCGCACGUGAACGUUACCAGCCGAGGCUUAACGUACUCAACGGUGUCUCUGCUGUCGACGGUGAUAUUUUUGGUACUAGCGACUCACUUGAACGGCUGGAAACUGGAUCGACGAUAUGGAGUGGUACUCAUGCUUUGGUACUUGGUGUUCAUCGUAUUUGCCUCGUUAUACGAGUUGAAUAUCUUCGGUGAAAUGAACCCCCCGGUAUGUCCUAGUUCGUUUUAAAGGGACGUUGUGGAAAGCAAAGUAUACUUGAUAACUUUGUUACUCGUUGCAUCCGAUCGCGUAACAUCGUGCUGCGUUGCGCCAUGUCGCAUGCCUACUGUGCAGAAGGAACAACUGCUAUUUAGAGACUCGAAGACACUUGCCGCAACGAUACCGGAAUGUUAUCUUGUGUUUCUUUCUCUUUUUCUUUCUCGUUUUCUUUCUCUUUCUCUGUCUCUUGCUCUUUUCCCUUUUCCUUUCCCUUUAAUGUUUUCAAAAUGUUCCAUUUCAACGUGAAAUUGAAAUAUUCGCGGCUGGCGUAUCCUUUUCAGGAUAAUAUCGAUUUGUGGUUACCCUUUCUAGAGGCGUAUCGCGUACCCCUCAGAAAUCUUUUGGCGGAACACAGCAGAGACUGAAGCGACGCAUUUGUUUGCACUGUUUCAUCGCUUCUUACUUCCAGUAAAUGUUAGUUCAGAAACGAAACGAAACGAAACGAAACGAAACCACACUGAACGUCUAAUUCCCAGCGAUAGAUGCUUGCUAUUCCUGCAUAGUAUGUCCGAAAUGGAGAAAUGUCUCUGUACUGUGACGGAAAUAACGUUUUCUUUUACGCUUAAUGUCGAUAUAUUAUGAUCUUGAUUCUUCCGAUAGAAAUGGGGAAACACCGUGAAAAGGAAUGUUGUAGAGUAGCUGAUUCGUUGGAUUCAGCUGUUAGUGGGUUCGCAACUUUUCCGUAUACCAUGUAAACGGACAAUACAUUUAUCAGUAUUACGGCGAGCGAUUGUUAAAUAGUAACUUACUACAGUCUAGAAUCGGUAGCGGUACAAUUGAAUAGGGGCACUCGGAUCGAUCGGAUAGUUUGCAUCUUCGAUGUGAUGGUGGAAGUUGCAGAAAUCGUCGACUCGAACGAGAUAGUUUGCCAGCGUGUUGGUACCACCGUGUCCUCUACUAACGAUAUUCUUCUAGCGACGACAACGUUUUUUUUACUGUGAUGCGCGUUCACCGAUCUCUCGAUCCUACAUACUUGCGUUUAAUUAGCGACUUUCGAUCAUUACUUUUUCAUACGACUGUGUCGAUGUAAAUAUUUGCGAUCGAAACUAACGAAACGACGCGACGCGACGCGGUGAUAUAUCCGUCUUGAAAACAGUUCGAGCGAUCCUCGAAAACUCUAUUUUCCGUAGAUUCUGUUGGUCUUCUUUUUCCUUUUUUUUAACGACAAAUCACUGGAACAAUUAGGGGUGUCAAUGAUAAAGACACCGACUGUUAUCUAGUUUCAUCGUACAAAUAUUCCUUUGAACAAAGAGAACAAAAAUUCCGGAGCAUCGAAGGAGGGGAGGAUGGAAGGAAAGAAGGAAAGAACGAGGAAAGGAUGCGAGAGGCGUGCACUCGACAAGAUGUGAAUCUACGGUGCUCGGAAAUAUUCCAUGUACGUCUGAAUUCCGCGAUUAAAGGGAAUAUCUGUCUCUACUAGUGAUAAUAUUAUCGCGCCGGGUGCAACGAACGAAUGAACCAACCAACGCAAGUUGUUCGUUUCGAGUUGGACAAAUGGGAAUGAAUCUGUCGAAAAGUGGGAAAUGUAACGGAAAGAUGAAAACAACACGAUUGUCGAACGAGCACGAACAGUAACGAAAAAGACAAUAAUUUACGCAGCCUUAUCCGAUGAAAGUAUCUACAGCGUUCCGCUGCACGUUCCUUGAGAUCCGCUCGGAUUCGAAGACGGUGAAUAGAUGGAAUCGCGACGUAGAUCCGUCGACGGGAUCCUCCGAGGUUUCGAUCGCAUCCCGGAUCGCCGGAGAGGGGUAGUGCAUCGGGAGAUGGAUUCCGGUGUGCGGCGGACACCUAACCGAGACCAUAAGAGGCAACUUUUUAUUCUUCCAGCGAGGAAAACUAGCGCGCGGAGAUGUAGUUUUCAUUGCAAAGUAUUCAUCGUUUACUACGACGACUGUUUCGUUGAUGGCUCGUUGCGUCUGACACGCGAUUCGUCAAGGGAUCUCGAGGAUCGCGCAGAUGCUUCAGCGUGCAUGUGCGCGACGCUGCGUUAUCUGUGCGCAUACGAGAGUAUAAGGAUAGAACAGGAAAGUUGCGUGUUUACGAUUAUCGAACGAUUGAGGUGUUUGUUCGCUGCUUGUAUUCGUUAUUGUUGACGCUCGGAACGGUCAACUGUCACUAUUGUACAUGUGAUCGUAUUAUUCUGCGAAACAUGGUGUGUCCGGUCUGAUCGGAUCUCGACGGGUUGCGAAUGCAUCGACGGUAACGGUUACGGUUACGAGCUCGCAAUCAGAGAUCACAGUCGGAAUCGUUCGAGGCAAUUUGUAAUUUGCGAGCCUCGUCACUCGCGACAGCGUCCAAGAGAAACGAUAACGCAGUCGCGAUCGAAUUCGUCGAUUCUCCAAGCGGAUCACGAGGAACGUGUUUCCGAGUAUUGUUCAAUCUGUUCCGAUUGUCGCGUUUAGUUUCUCCUUCCGUGGAUUGAACCGUCUUCUCCUAAAAUCGGUUGUUCACCUGACGACGUCGGUCGUUCGAUGGGACCGUGCUCCGAAGAGUGUUCGGAAAUUGGUGCAAGUAGUGAAUCGUAAUUGGUUACCAUGGUGGGGGGUAACUCGUAGCGGUAUAAUAGUUUAGAUUUAGCCUGAAGUGCGUUAGAAUAACGGCGAUCAAUUUCUCGGUGCCCUUAACACGCGUAGCUCGUAAAUCAAAGUCAAUAUACGAUGAUAACAAGAGAUUCUGGUUUUGCCCGUCCUUUUCUCUUACCUGUCGCUGUCUAGCUAUCGGGGUCCACCAAUUUUCGAACGGUGAACAAGCGAAAAUCGUCGAGUUGCCUGACACUGUACAGGAUCGGAAAGUAUAUGUCGUCGAUAGACAGCAUAAACGACGCACCUUUUUUAAUCGAUGUUUAAUCGAUGUCCCGACAAACAUUCAUUGUUGACUGUUGUAUAACCGUAGAUUUUAUAUUGUGAUCUAUACUAUAUAUAGUAUGCGACACAUAGGCGCCCCGCGCGUGCAUACGCUCUCAGAUAUUCCGAUACUACGUAAUAUAUAAUAUCGUAGAAUGUGCGUUUAGCUUAGCUGCGACAAAGUAGGUAAGUUUCACGAAUGCCUCCUUCUUCCUCUACGCAAUACAUAUAUUUUGUCUUCGUCGAGUCAAUACGUCCGCGUACCUGCGAUUAAUGAGAGGGAAUGCCCGAGAAAUUCUCUGUUUACAUUUUACAUUUUACAAUUUAGAGUUUACGAUUUACAGUUGACGGUUUACAGUUUACGGUUGACAAUUUCUAGCGAUUCAUUAGUCGAUCGAACGGAUUUCUGAAAAGGUUUAUUUCUCGCGGUUCGCGAUCUUUUCGAACGUUGUAUCUACGAUUGUAUUGCCAAUCAUCUCGCACUCGAUAGAGAUACACCUCUCAGCACAGCUCUCUACAUGAACCCAGACCAAUAUAUUUUUCUAUACCUUUCGUGUUUGUAAUUUUGUAACGGUUCGCAGUCGAAUAAUAGACGAAGAAAUUCGCGGAUCGCUUCUAACUAAUUCUAAGUAGCUCCGCAGGGAUUGAAUCGAUGGGCGAUGUAAUCGAGAGCCAAACGUUCCGCGUACCAUCCGAUAGAAUUGGAGUACGAGUAGAUACGCGUAGAGUCGCAUAGCAUUUUAUACUAUCUCUGUAUAGGUGAAAGCAAGUAGAUUUAGUUUCAAGUUAGGUAAACGAUCAACGAACAAAUUGUCUAACAUUUAUCGCGUGAACGCGCAGCGCGUGCAACGGGUAUUGCGCGCGUCCAACGUUUCACGGUGACACGAUGAAAGUAUAAGACUCGUACAACGAACCUGUGGAAACAACAAUAACGAGGCGAUAGAAAAGGCGAUAAAAGGCGACCGACAUCAAUUCCUGCAGGAUCGCAACUCGGGACUCCCUCUGUUAACGUCUCUUGUCGUUGUUAUACAUAUUUCCAGAAUUAUCCUGAAACGUCAAUACGUCUAGUCAUAGUAAUAGCUUAUUACAACGUUAUGUAAAUAAUUGUUUUACCAACUUGAUGAAGAAUCGAGUAUAAAUAUAUAUAUAUAUACAUACAUAUAUAUAUAUAUAUACAUAUACAUAUAUGAACAUGAAAUAUAUGAGAUAAACGAAACGUACUGUACACGCGCUGUACAUGGACACAUUGCGAGAAACGUGCAGUCGAAGGAACGACGCGAACGAUAGGAACGUACACGCGCGUAUACCAAAAUACCGAUACCUAGGUAUACACGUGCAGCCUCGUAGGUAGACUAUUUAUACUAAGAGUAAACGGGCACGCGUAGCGGUAUAAACAGGGCCUAAAUUGCUGCGUGCGUAUGCACUCGAUGCGUAUGCAAAUACACACAUGUAUAUUGUCUGUUUACGCGCAUCACGUUCUGCAAGAAUCAGUUGCGCGUCCAGCAGUUCGGGGAGAGAUGUUGCUUCUUUGAACUCGAACGCACCGUUCACUGGAAUAAAUGCGAAGUAGAACUUAGCGCGCGCGCAUUCGGAUAUGUUUAGAAGAAUACGUUCAGUUGAACCAAUAAAAGAAUCGAUGCGUAUUAAAAGUCGUAUGCGUUUCAUUCUCGUCCAACCGGAACAAGGGGUUGUCGUGAGCUUUUCACCGCAAGUACGGAAGAUUAGCGGCGCCCCUGCUGAAUAUCGUCGAGUAAUUUACCUUUAUUCUCUCGGUAAAUGAAUAUACAAAGUUUACAUCUAAUUUCUUCGUUUAUACGUUGCAUCGGGUAAUAUUGAUACGUCGCGACGAUAAUAAUGUGUCGCUGUUGGAACCGCGCUGACCAUUUUUCUGUUUCUCUUUGAUUCGGCCGUGCAAGCGUCACUGGUGUUCCGACGGAGCUCGACGGUUUCGGUUCUUCCUUUCUCGGUGGACCGCGCGAACGCGGUACGCCUGGCAAGAAGACAGGCCCCGCGAGCACUCGCUAUUGCCAAUCCACGUAAUCGCGUCGACCGACGUGCUUUCCCGUCGUCGGUCCGACCGCUCGCGUCGAACCGAGCGACGAGGCAAUUCUUGCGGUUACCAUCCAUCUACUCGUACUACCUCGACACCGUGAUUCUGUACGACUGCGGCGAAUAUGGCGACUAUGAACAUGGCGAAUAUCAAUAUGGCGCGAUAGGACGCGGCCGGCGAUAUACGGGAGUCAAAGAACAAGAGAAAAAUGGAGUUUGGUCGAAAGUACCUUUGGUAUCGUGCUCCGUGUACCUGUAUGUACGCGCGCGUCUUCCGUCUUCCGUCUUCCGUCUUCUGUAUACUGUCUCCGAGUCCUGCGAGUGUGGGUGUGCGCGCGCGCGCCUGUCUCUGCGUACGUGUAUUCGA